AGCAUCCGUCAUCAGCUGAUCACUCUCAAGGUCUCCUUCGCAGAGCAUCAUGGGGAGGACACUGGAACCGCUGGUUCUAUCCGGGGACCGCUACAUCCCCUACAACUAAACCAACGUUGGUUCACCAUCAGCACCAUAAUAGGGGACCCACGCCAAAAAGAGGUCACGCAGAGAGCAUCUCGUUUUUCAUAGGUUGUUAGGAGCUGGACUAACUCCUCAAAGGGAAACGUGCGGAUUGUCGCGCAUCCACUCCACAAACCUGAGCUAUAUGAAACGAAUAACGAAGACAUUUGCAAGGGACUUUGUUUUAAUAGUAUUCUACCGCAUUGGUGCCAGUUGAGUCGUGGAGGGCGGGAGAGGAAUAGCACGACUGGUCACGACAGGUCAAUUGCGGCUGCAGCUUUCAAGACUGUGCGUGCUUUUCCACCUGAAGAUCUUUUCUCUUGUCCUCCUGUCCUGUUUGUCACCUUCUCAUCAAGAGCUGAUAUUUGUUGGUGAAUAUCUAUCUAUUCACUGAAGAUGGUGGAGGAGGAGAAAAAGCAGGUGACAGGAUACCUCCUGUUCUCCCUGGCCACUGCAGUCAUUGGCUCGCUGCAGUUUGGCUACAACACAGGGGUCAUUAAUGCACCUGAACAGAAACUGCGGGCAUUCUUCAAUAACACAUGGAUGGAGAGGUAUGCCGAGCCCAUCAAACCAGGAACGUGCACCAUUGUGUGGAGCUUGUCGGUGGCCAUCUUUAGUGUGGGCGGCAUGGUGGGCUCCUUCAGCGUCGGAGUGAUGGCAGACAGAUUUGGGAGGAAAUUGUCCAUGUUCCUGGUCAACAUCCUGGCUGUGUUCGGAGGCCUCCUCAUGGGUUUCUCCACCAUUUGCUCCUCCUAUGAGAUGGUCAUCGCUGGACGCCUCGUCAUUGGCCUCUUCUGCGGCCUCUUUACCGGCCUUACGCCCAUGUAUGUGGGGGAGCUGUCCCCCACCCCUCUCCGAGGCGCCUUCGGCACCUUGCACCAGCUGGGCGUGGUGAUUGGCAUCCUGGUGGCUCAGAUCUUUGGCUUGGAGUCUCUGCUGGGGUCGGACAAGCUGUGGCCUCUGCUGCUGGCACUGACGGUCAUCCCGGCCGUGCUGCAGUGUAUCCUGCUGCCCUUCUGUCCUGAGAGCCCCCGCUUCCUCCUCAUCAACCAGAACAAGGAGGAGCAGGCCCGCAAAGCCCUGGUGCGUCUGCGUGGCACAGAGGAUGUGAGUAAAGACAUGCAGGAGAUGAAGGAGGAGAGUUCCAAGAUGGCCAUGGAGAAGAAAGUCACCAUCCUCGAGCUGUUCCGCACCGCAGCCUAUCGGCAGCCGCUCCUCAUCGCCGUCAUGCUCCAUCUCUCCCAGCAGCUCUCCGGAAUCAAUGCUGUGUUCUACUAUUCAACUGGUAUCUUUGAGUCAGCCGGUGUCACCCAACCCAUUUACGCCACUAUUGGAGCAGGAGCUGUUAACACUGUCUUUACAGUGGUAUCUCUCUUCCUGGUCGAGAGGGUGGGACGAAGGACUUUGCAUCUCGUCGGAUUGGCCGGAAUGGCCAUCAGUGCCCUGCUCAUGACUAUUGCCCUCCUGUUGAAGGGCUACUCGUCUCUGAGCUACCUGAGCAUCGGGGCAGUGUUUCUGUUCGUGGCCAUGUUUGAGAUGGGGCCUGGACCUAUCCCAUGGUUCAUAGUGGCAGAGCUCUUCUCCCAGGGUCCGCGGCCGGCCGCCAUAGCCGUGGCCGGCUGCUGCAACUGGACCGCCAACUUCCUGGUGGGAGUCAGCUUCCCAAACUGGAGGUGUGAGAGGUUUCUCUAG